AUGGCCACUCCAUUAGAUCUUAAACACAAUCCGCCAAUUAAUUCUGAACCACUUUCCGAUCCAACAUCUUUUCGGGGCAUUGUCGGGUCCUUGCAAUACCUCACUUUAACCAGACCUAACUUGUCUUUUAGUGUAAAUUUUGUGUCCCAAUUCAUGCAUUCACCUACUCAUGCUCAUCUGAAAUAUGUUCGUUGCAUCUUGCGUUAUUUAAAGGGCACGAUACAUUAUGGUCUCAAUCUUCGUUCCGAUACUACACUUGCUCUUUCUGCCUUUUUUGAUGCAGAUUGGGCAGGCUGUCCGAUGACGCGACGGUCAACUACAGGCUAUUGCACGUUCCUAGGCUCGAAUAUCAUUUCCUGGUGUGCGAAGAAGCAGUCCACAGUUGCUCGGUCCAGUACAGAGGCUAAGUACCGUGCCAUGGCUCAUACAGCAGCUGUCAAGUACUUUCACGUCAAUGUAUUGGGAUGUGACGACUUCACAUUUGAAGGCUUCAAAGUCAGUACACCUGAAGGUAGCCUUAAUACGGAUGGAAUUCAUAUUGGGCAAUCAAAGGGAGUGACUAUAUCUAAUGCCAAAAUAGGCACGGGUGAUGAUUGUAUCUCUAUUGGUGAUGGAACCGAAAAUCUAAAAAUCACAAAAGUGGCAUGUGGACCUGGUCAUGGCAUCAGCAUAGGGAGCUUGGGGAAGUAUGAGAAUGAAGAUCCUGUUUCUGGAAUUACUGUUUCCGAUUGCACCCUCACCGGUACAACUAAUGGUGUUAGAAUUAAAACUUGGCCUGCAAUGUUUCCUAAUACUGCAACUAAUAUUCAUUUCCAAGAUAUUACUAUGGAAAAUAUCUCCAAUCCUAUUAUUGUAGAUCAAAUGUAUUGUCCAUGGAACAAAUGCAAUAAAAAGAUUAGUGAUGUUAGCUUCAAAAAUAAAAAGGGAACUUCUGCAACUGCUCUUACCGUUCAACUUAUAUGCAGCAGUGGAGUCCCAUGUGAAAAAGUGGAACUUGCGAACAUUGACUUGACAUAUAGUGGUCCUGAAGGCCCAGCAAAAUCUGAAUGCAUUGAUGUUAAGCCAACAAUUCCAGCUGUUUUUGAUAUAACAAAAUUUGGUGCAGCACCUGAUGGAAAAGCAGAUGCAAGUAAGGCUAUAGCAGAUGCUUGGAAAGAGGCUUGCGCAGCAGCAGGAUCUAGUAAAAUAUUGAUUCCAGCAGGGAAAUUCUUGGCAGGUAUAGUGAAUGUUACAGGUCCUUGCAAAGGGGCAAUAGAGGUAGAAGUUCAGGGAACCGUGCAAGCCCCACCAGAGCUUACAGGGGGAGAUGGUUGGUUUAAUUUUAACCAUAUUGAUCAAUUCACACUGUCUGGAAAAGGAACUUUAGAUGGUCAAGGACAAGUUGCAUGGAAGGGAGUAUCUUGUGACAAAGAUCCAAAGAGUUGCAAGAAACAUCCUAUGAAUAUAAGGUUUAACUUCAUUACCAAAGGCUUAGUUCGUGACAUAACGUCUCUUAAUAGCAAGUACUUUCACGUCAAUGUAUUGGGAUGUGACGACUUCACAUUUGAAGGCUUCAAAGUCAGUACACCUGAAGGUAGCCUUAAUACGGAUGGAAUUCAUAUUGGGCGAUCAAAGGGAGUGACUAUAUCUAAUGCCAAAAUAGGCACGGGUGAUGAUUGUAUCUCUAUUGGUGAUGGAACCGAAAAUCUAAAAAUCACAAAAGUGGCAUGUGGACCUGGUCAUGGCAUCAGCAUAGGGAGCUUGGGGAAGUAUGAGAAUGAAGAUCCUGUUUCCGGAAUUACUGUUUCCGAUUGCACCCUCACCGGUACAACUAAUGGUGUUAGAAUUAAAACUUGGCCUGCAAUGUUUCCUAAUACUGCAACUAAUAUUCAUUUCCAAGAUAUUACUAUGGAAAAUGUCUCCAAUCCUAUUAUUGUAGAUCAAAUGUAUUGUCCAUGGAACAAAUGCAAUAAAAAGGAACCAUCUAAAGUGAAGAUUAGUGAUGUUAGCUUCAAAAAUAUAAAGGGAACUUCUGCAACUGCUCUUACCGUUCAACUUAUAUGCAGCAGUGGAGUCCCAUGUGAAAAAGUGGAACUUGCGAACAUUGACUUGACAUAUAGUGGUCCUGAAGGCCCAGCAAAAUCUGAAUGCAUUGAUGUUAAGCCAACAAUUGUAGGGAAGAUUCCAGAGGGAUGCAAAUAG